CUUAGAAUCGAACCUACAACCUCCAACAUAUAUACUAGUGAAAUCUAUCACCAGAUAGACAUCUUUUUUCAUAUUAUAUAUAUAACAUACUCAAAAAGAUUGCAAACUACAAACUCCUUCAAAAAAAAAUAUAUCAAUGAUGAAUUUUGAUGAUAGCUCCAACACAAGUUUUCAUGUUGAUCUUGAUCUUGGUCUUGCCCUUCAUGAUCAAUAUUUUGAUGGCCAUAGGAAGAGAGAAAGCAAGAAAAAAGAAGAGAAUCCAUCAAAAUAUAAUAUAGCUUAUCCAUCUCUUACAUUAGGACCAUCAAAUGAAGAGGAUGAAGAAAAUACUAAUUAUAUUAUUCUAGAUUCAGCUUCAAAGAUCGAGUCUUGUGAUCAAAAUUUACUUACUUCACUAAGCAUAGAGUCUUCAUUUUCGAACUCAACAAGCAUGAAGAAGGAAACAUGUGAGGAACUUGAGGUUGAGAUUGAGAAGGUUCCAAUUCCAAAGGUUGGAAAUGUUGAUGAAGAUGGUAAUCCAAGGAAGAAACUUAGACUCACAAAAGAACAAUCAGAAGUGUUGGAGGAAAAUUUUAAAGAGCAUUCUACUCUUAAUCCGAAGCAAAAGCAAGCAUUAGCACAAAAGCUAAAUCUCCAGGCAAGGCAAGUAGAGGUGUGGUUUCAAAAUCGGAGAGCCAGGACAAAACUGAAACAAACGGAAUCAGAUUUUGAAGAACUAAAGAAGUGUUGCGAAACUCUAACAGAAGAGAACAUGAAAUUGCAAAAGGAGCUACAAGAAUUGAAGUCAAUGCAAACAGUGGCAACAACUACAACACCUUUUUAUAUGCAAAUUCCAGCAGCAACACUUACAAUAUGUCCUUCUUGUGAGACAAUUUGUGGUGGUAACAACAACAACAACAAUGGUACCACAACAUUGCUUAUUGGCUCAAAGGGUCAUGGUCUCUAUAAAAAUAAUGAUGAUAAUUAUCAAUUCCCUCACUCAUCAUCUGCAGCAUGUUAGCUAGUUAGUUUGUAAGGGAGGGUAUAGACUCUUGUUCAUUUAGGAAAACUUUUAUGUUUGAUGCAUUAUGUAUGAAAAUUAAUUUUCAGCAACUAUGUAGUUUGUUAGUUGCCUACAUUAUGUAAUUAUAGAUAUACUCCAUAUUGAUAUGUAGAUAUAGAUUUAUUUAUUUUUAUCAAAGUAAGGUUUGAGUCACAAGCAUUGCUCAUGAUAUCCACACUUUUAGAAUUUAGGAGUUUAGCCUAACUAUACUAUAAAUCCAAUUUGUAAGAUGAGAAUUGUCUCUAUUUUAUAAACUCAUGUCAACACACCCCAUCACAC